GUUGUCCAUUCAUCAUCCACAGCUUCAUCGCUUUCUACAAUUCAGUUAAACAUCAAUCCUCUUUAUCCUCCUCUCCCCCUCUUUCUCUCCCUUAAACGCUACAUAUAAUCAUGGCGUUCCGUAAAAUUGACAUUGAUGCUUUAGAGGAGGACGCAUUCAGACAGGAAGAGCUUGACUUUCAGGAAAUUGGUGAGGUACCUCCUCAACAAGAGGUCGAGGCACAGGUCAAUAACCGUGCUCAGGAAGUCAGGAUCUUGCUUCAGCGCGGUGAUGCUGCUGGUGCUCUUUCCACAUCACUUCAAAAUCCUCCAUAUGGUAGUGGCCUCGAGACCGCCAAGGCCAGGAACACACAGACCGUAAUGGAGGUCCUCACCUAUGCGCUUAAGAGUGCAGAUCAGCUGGUCAAGAACCUUUCUUCUGAAGAGCAGGAUGUAUUGAUGAAAUAUCUUUAUGCGGGAAUGGCUGCUCCAGAACAGAACAACUCGGGUGUGCUUUUGACCUGGCACGAGAAGCUCACAGAGGUUGCUGGGCAAGGAUGCAUUGUUCGUGUUAUUACUGACAGGAGGACUGUGUAGGUUUUUACACAGAAGUAAAAAGGUCGAUGCCCAAUAAAGGAUGAAAAAUAAUAAACACUUUGCUU